ACUACCCUAAUUUAUCACUAUGUCUAAUGAAAGUUAUUCAGGUUCUAUUAUAACACCUGUAUCAUUCCAUUAAUCUGUCUCAUUUAAUGCCUGGUUGAGUCGUGGGUCUGGGAGGUUGUCACAUCGACCCUGGAUAUUCCACUGCCAUGCGUAGGCCCUGUAGGUUUAAACUCGAAACAGAUGAGCUUGUAUAACACUGAGGGAAUGCACUAACGGUAGUUAGUGUUAGAAGAUUAUUUGAAACUAUGUCAUCACGAUAUGACAGGUUAUGACAGGUUGAUGAAAUGGAAAAGUUCACUUUGGUAAAUGGGUCAACAGAUCUUAAGAAUGUCAGCAAAGACUCGGUGUCUGAUUCUGCCUCUAGCGGGAACGAUGACGAGAAUUGUAGAUCACCGUCCACCAUGAAGUCGACACAGGGUGUGAAGUUAUGGCUUGCUGUGAUGCUCAUAAUUGGAGAGAUGGCGGGAACUGGUGUGCUGUCACUGCCAAGGGCUGUGGUUAAUUGUGGAGGACCACUGGGCAUAGUUCUCCUGCUGUUCCUAGGAGGCGUUGCAGCCUACACCGGGAUUACGCUUGGAUGGUGCUGGCAGAUUCUGGAGGAGAGGUUUGAGGAGUACCGCACGCAUCAUGUUCAAGAUCCGUACAACGCCAUUGGUUAUAGGGCAGCGGGAAACGCUGGGAGGUACAUAGUAUCUGUCUGUAAUGGCGUCGCAAACUUUAGCGCUGGUAUCGUGCUGCUCUUGCUCUCAUCGGAGAUGGUGCAUGGCCUUCUGGUUGAUCUCCUGCCCGACAUGUCCAUGUGCCUGUGGAUGGUCGUGAUCGCCAUCCUGUUGAUACCGAUGUCGUGGAUAGGGACGCCUAAGGAUAUGUGGUUUAUUGCAGUUGGUGCUACCCUUUCAACAGCCCUUGCCUGUGUACUUGUUUUAUCAAACAUUCUGCUGUUGAUUCCAAAAACAUCAAGAAUCGUCAAACGCAGUGAUGUGGAGCUCAAGCCGUUUCUGUCUGCGUUUGGAAUCAUUACAUUCGCAUUUUGUGGUCACAUGGUGUUUCCAACUAUCCAACAUGACAUGGUCGAUGGGAAAAAAUUCUCUUGGGCAAUAAUACUCGGAUUCAGUGGCAUGCUAACCAUGUUUGUACCAGUGGCACUAGCCGCUUAUACUGUACUUGGAGAUGCGGUCAGCGACAAUGUGCUGACGGUAGUCCAAAGAUUGGAUCACGAUGGAUCCGAGGCUGGAAUAACCACUGCUGUUCAGGUACUCCUCACCUGUCAUCUCGUUCUUGGAUUCCAUAUCAUCUUGAACCCGCUGCAUCAGGAACUCGAGAAACUCUUCAAGGUUAAGAAUGAGUUUUGUUUUCGCCGAGUGUUAGUCAGAAGUUGCCUGGUUGUGCUGGUACUGUUUCUCUGCGAGACAAUCCCAAAGUUUGGCCCGAUCAUGUCCUUUAUUGGUGGCUCUUUCAUCAACAUGAUUGUCUUCCUGCUCCCGCCAGUUUUCUAUGAACUUCUGUGCAGAGGUGAUGAACGAUUCCCUAAAAUCGCUGUUCCACUUCACAUCCGUGUCAUCCAUGUGGAGAUUCUACUGAUUGGUGUCCUCGCAGGCGGAGCAUCCUGUUACUCCGCCGUCAAUGAGAUAUUCGCGCCGGGGAGUUUCGUUAUGCCUUGCUACAUCAACGUGACCAUCGGACAAAUCAAAUGAACAUUCACAGCAGCUGAAUGGUUCAGCAGCAAUGUUGAUAUUUGUUGUUGUGGAAUCCAGAUAUUUUUGGAGCAUCCAUCUACUUAGCGGUCAAUGAGAUGUUGGCAACGGGGACUUUCUUAUUCCAACGCAACCAUACAGAAAAUAAAAUCAAUUAACCCUUUAAGGACUAAGGACUAAUCUUGCACUGCUACGAGGAACCCAUUUCCGUUGUUACGGCCUGAUCUCGCAUUCGUGCAAGCAAUAGAGUUCACGUUAGAACUUUGUUCCAGCUGCAGCAAAUGGCCUAGUCCGUGUUUUAGAAACUCACGGAGGGGUUUCCCCAGAUUCUACGCUGUACAUUUUCGAUUCAGCACAACUUGGUCGACCGGUGGGAUCAUCAAAUAGGCCUACCUUUAGUCCCUAAAGGGUUAAACUUCGUGAUUGUGACAUUUAGAACAAGAUUUGCAUUGGAAACUUGCUUGAAUAUGUGUAAGUGGUGUAAAUAUCACUAUUUGAUAUCGCCGCAAUUGAGAAUUUUCAAAACGAUAUAUUCCAUGAGAGUUUGAGUCUUUCUGCUGAU